GUGUUCGCGACGGCGCGCCGGCAUUUAGCUUAAAACACCUUCUCAGAUCACUUGGCAGUUUCAGUUUUACUUUGGAGGCGAGUAGUUCAUAUUCACUGAGCUUUGUCUUACAAUUGGGGAAAAAAAUUGGUUGUAAAAAAUUUAAAUAUUUGUUUGUGUUGUGUUAAGUUUCUGGCAAAAUGAAAUUUGCCAUUUUGUUGGCAUUGUCGCUGGCCGCUUUGGCUACAGCCCAAAAUGCGGGCAACACACAUCUUAUUUGCUACUAUGAUGGCAACAGUUAUGUGCGUGAAGGUCUCUCCAAGCUCACCACCAACGAUCUAGAACCCGCGCUACAAUUCUGCUCACAUCUCAUUUACGGUUACGCCACCAUUAGCCCAACAUCUAACAAGCUUGUCAGCGGCAACGACAAACUCGAUUUGGAUAUUGGCUCGGGACUUUACCGCACUGUUACCAGUUUCAAGAAGAAGUUCCCACAUUUGAAGGUAUUGUUGAGCGUUGGUGGCGAUAAGGACGAAGUCGAUCCAGAUAGCAACAAGUACUUGACCCUCUUGGAGAGCAGCAAUGCACGCAUACCAUUCAUAAAUAGCGCUCACUCGCUGCUGAAGACUUACGGUUUCGAUGGUCUCGACUUGGCUUGGCAGUUCCCCAAGAAUAAGCCAAAGAAGGUGCACAGCAGUAUUGGUAAAUUUUGGAAGGGUUUCAAGAAGAUCUUCUCCGGCGAUUUUGUAGUCGAUGAGAAGGCUGAGGAACACAAAGAAGAAUUCACAGCGCUUGUACGUGAAUUGAAGAACGCUUUCCGUCCAGAUGGCUACCUGUUGGGUCUGUCUGUGUUGCCCAAUGUGAACUCUUCGCUCUUCUUUGACGUGCCCGCCAUCGUGAACAAUCUGGACUACGUCAACUUGCAUGCCUAUGACUUCCAAACACCCGAACGCAACCCUGAAGUAGCUGACUUCCCAGCACCCAUUUAUGAGCUGAAUGAGCGCAAUCCUGAAUCGAAUGUAAACUUCCAAGUACAGCACUGGUUGAACAAUCAUUGCCCUGCCACUAAAAUCAAUGUUGCUAUUGCCGCCUAUGGACGUGCCUGGAAAUUGACUAAAGACUCUGGACUCACCGGCUUGCCACCAGUAGUUGAUACCGAUGGCGUUGCACCAGCUGGCACACAGACGCAAAAACCCGGCCUACUCAGUUGGCCUGAGGUGUGCGGCAAAUUGCCGAAUCCAGCCAAUCAGCACUUGAAGGGUGCCGACGGUCCAUUGCGCAAGGUGGGCGAUCCAACUAAACGCUUCGGCAGCUACGCUUACCGCUCGGCUGAUGAUAAUGGCGAGAAUGGCAUUUGGGUGGGCUAUGAUGACCCCGAUACUGCAGCCAACAAAGCGUCGUUUGUGAAGUCCCGAGGUUUGGGCGGUGUCGCUUUGAUAGAUUUAUCAUUCGACGAUUUCCGCGGUGCUUGCACUGGCGAUAAAUAUCCCAUUCUACGUGCCAUCAAGUUCAAAUUGUAAGCUGUGUAUGUAGUAGUAGUAAUCCUGUUGAAAGCUUUUGCGCAUAUUUCAGUUUUUCGUUAAUUUUAGUCUCAUUUGUCAAUUAAAUGUUAUGCUUAUUGUCACAUACAUAUAAAAAAAAUAUAUAUAACACACGAAAUUUCGGUGAAAAA